UACCGUGCGAACAGGUACUGAUUGGCCCAGAGUGAAGAACUCAUCCCAAAAAUAUCUCGGAUUUUGAGGCCAAAAUAUCUGGGCAUCAGCUGCUGUGCUCUUCUUUAAUGGAUGAGUAGUAGUUGUUGUAGUAGUAAUAUCAUUAGUGGCAGAGAAAUUGAAAGUCUUAAAGAUAUUUGAGAUAUGGGAAAGAGAGAAGAAGAAAGCAUGGAGGAAGUGAGGUGGGAAACUUUGUUUCUUAAUAGACCUGUUAGAGUUCUUCUUGUUGAAGGUGAUGAUUCCACUAGACAGAUCAUCUCUGCUUUGCUUCGCAAGUGUGGUUACAAAGUUCUUUCAGUAUCUGAUGGGGUAAAGGCAUGGGAGGCAAUUACAGGUUGCCAUGUUGAUCUUGUUUUGACUGAAGUAGAAUUGCCAUCCCUCUCUGGUUUCGGUCUUCUGACGAUGAUAAUGGAACAUGAGACUUGCAAAAACAUUCCUGUCAUAAUGAUGUCUUCUCAUGAUUCGGUUAGUGUGGUUUUCAAAUGUAUGUUAAAAGGGGCAGCCGAUUAUCUUGUAAAGCCAAUACGCAAGAAUGAGCUCAGGAAUUUAUGGCAACAUGUUUGGAGAAGACAUUUGGCAUCCGGUGAACAUGCUGGUGCACAACGGAACCAAGAUGAGAAGCCUGUGAAUGGUGAAUUGGAAGCAAAUCUUGAAAAUAAUGCGAGCAAUUAUUCUAGUGAUUAUGUAGAUUGUAUGGACAAAAAUGAUGGUAACACUGCAAAAGGGAGUGAAGCUCAAGUGAGUUCAAUGAUUCAAAGUUCCUGUACAAGAUCAGACACAGAGGCUGAGAGUAAAUACAUGAAAAAUAUGCAGGAAACCAAACAGCAGACAAGCAAGUCAUGCAUUCUUUUGGAUACCAAAAUGACUCUGGAUGGGGAUGAGCAUGAUAUGGUGUCAAUGAAACAUGCUGUUGCUGAAGCCGAAGAUAAAUCAGUUACAUUGGGUCCAGAAUGUUACUCCAGUGAAGUGCUCGCCGACAAUGGUUCUUCGGCAGUUGUGGCAAUGAAAGAAGAUUUUAAAGUGAUGGACUCUGUGGAUAUCGAUGAUGCUACCAAUGAGAUUAAGCCUAAAGAAGCCAUUGAUCUGAUUGGGGUAAUGGACAGUCAAAGCAAUGGGAUUAAUGCUUCAGAAGAUCAUCCUGUUUAUGAUCUUUUAGAGCUUUCUUUGAGAAGAACCACACAAGCUUGUUCUCAAACACAAGAGAACAAUGAACCAAAGACAUUAAAUCAUUCAAAUUCCUCUCCAUUUUCACUGUAUACAGGCAGGACACCAUUGCCACCUUCCCCGAUUCCCAUGAAGGUAAUAACUGAGAGGGAGAAGUUACUCGGUUCUUCUUCAAUGAAAUCACAAGUUAUUCAAGUUUCGGGUAAUAUGCACGAAAGAGAAACAUCAAACAGCAUCGAAGAUACCAAUCCAUCAGGUUCUGGAAAUACGAAUCAAGAUGAAGCAUCACUCCAUCUCUCCCUUAGAGCUAUUCCUUUCCCGGUUCCGAUUACAUGGCAAACUAAUGGUUCACUACUCCAGCCAAUGUUUACUCCACAAUCAAGUAAUGCUUUUGUGAGUACAAUGCCGACAAUUUCCAAGGAAGCAGACCAUCCAAAUUCUGCAGAUGAAGUCAAUGCUAUGCUAAGUGAACAACUCCCAACAUAUCAUUCUUCAGAAAAUAAGGAAGAGAUUGCCGAAAUCAGAGAUGAACAGGUAGAUGCUUCGACUGUAAUCGUUGACAGUAAUAACAGCAAUAUCAAUGCUGAAGUUGGAAAGAAUGAAGUACCUUUUGUUCAUGAUGGAAUGCAGCAAAUGGACUUCCUUCGCAUGAACCAAAGAGAAGCGGCCUUAACCAAAUACCGAUUAAAGAGGAAGGACCGAUGUUAUGAGAAGAAGGUUCGAUAUCAAAGCCGAAAAUUACUUGCUGAGCAACGACCCCGAGUAAAGGGACAAUUCGUUCGACAAAUUCAACACUACAGCAGUGAUUCAGUGACCGGAUAAUUGCAAUUCUUGUGUUGCAGAGCCAAUUCUAACAUAACAAAGGAUUUCCACACAUCAAACAUCAUAUAUAUAUAUAUAUAUAUAUAUCUAACUUCUUUUAUGGUAUUGUGAUACAAUAGUAAUGAGUUUCAGGCAUCUUGUAUGGCAUGCCUUUUGUUAACUUUUGUUCAGCUUUUGUUUAUUUGAGACUGGAUUCUUUCAUCUGUUGUAAAUAUUGUCAGGGUCUUCUACACCAUUUGAUUUUGGUUUUUGGUUUGCUAUUUCUUGUAUAUGAAUAUUCCUCUAUGGCUUGCCUUUGUUACAUAUAAAUAUAUUUGUUUCUACUGCAUUAUUGACU